UGCGAGGGACAUUAGCGGAGUUCCGCUUUAUCGGCCUAUAUUUCUUUCGGAGGGUUAUAUCUCCUCCCUCUCUGCUCCCCGCUCUCCACUCUCAACCUAGCUCCAACCCCAACUUCACAGGAGAACGCACAGACACAUCAAUGGCGACCUCGACCCCAAUUGGAGGCUUCAAACCCUUAACCGGGCACUGCACCUGCAAAACACUAACGUACGAGCUCGUGGCCGCUCCCCUCAUCGUCCACUGCUGCCACUGCACGUGGUGUCAGCGCGAAACCGGGAGUGCCUUCGUCCUAAACGCCGCCAUUGAAUCCACCAACUUCAUCCUCACCUCCCCUUUCCCCGAUUCCCACAUCCUCAUCACCACGCCCUCGUCUUCUGGCCAAGGCCAAACCAUCGCCCGUUGCUCCAAAUGCUUUGUCGCCGUUUACUCCUACUAUGCUGGCGCAGGCUCGGCGGUUACGUUCGUAAGGGUUGGGACGUUAAGUGAGAAGGAUGGGAGUAAAGAUAGGGUGAGGCCCGAUGUGCAUAUUUUUACGAGCAGUAAAAUGGGGUGGGUGGAUUUGAGUGGGGAGGUUGAAAGGGGGGCGAAGGUUUAUGAGGAGUAUUAUGUCAGGGAGGAGGUUUGGAGCCCAGAGAGUUUGGAGAGGAGGAGGGUGUUAGCAGAGAAGAUUGAGAAGGAGAAGGGGAAGGAGAAAAGGGAGGGAGAUGGUAGUGGAUUGGUGGAGAGCUGAGGGAAUUAAUGCUGUAUUUGUCAAGAAGGCGAGUUUUGAAGCUGUCUGUCGUGAGUAAGGGUCGAGCGCGAGGGCCAAUAGUGACGAAGGGGUGGGCAGCAGGCCGAAGUUAAGGGAAUGUAGUGUUGAAUAGGCAUGGAUUGGUUCUUAUUAAUCGAUAGACUACUUCUAUGCUAUAUUAGAACACUGUGGUAUCACCCAGAAGUUCUAACCAAAUCCAAUGCCGAACCAGACGUAAGUAGCUACUCUACACACUUCCCAAUGCUUUCAAUCAAC